CAAUAUGUUGCUGUGAUUGUGUUGUGUUGUAUUUUAGGUUAGGGUAGUAGGUUAUGGUUAUGGUCUUAGUUGUCGCUGACAGAACUGCCUCUUCCAGUGUUGAAAAGAGUAUUUACCUCCGUAAAAUAAUAUUGUUUAUAUUACUGUUAAUUUAUUAAUUUUAUAAGUUGUUUUACAGAAAUGGGAAAGACACGCUUUAACUGGAAAGCUCGCCAAGUGCUGGAUACCGUGGUGGAGAAUGAUCGAAAUUCAAAGGUUCAGGUUGAGCUGUCAUCUAAACAAAAACAAACCUACGAUGAUUGUAACUCAUUGGUUUUACCAUCAAAGAAGAGAAAAACCCUCGUUAAAAAAAGGAAUACUCUAGUUGAAACUAAAAUUUUGUCCAAAACUCAAAGAAAAAAAUUGGAAAAAAUUAUCGAACGCAGGAACAAAAAAAAGAAUCGAUUUACGAUCCUGGAGGCUCUUGCAAAAGUUCAGGCUCCUGAAGAACUGUUACAAAAACUAACUUCAGUAUCAGGUGUACAAACAAAAGGGUUGAAACGUCAUCACAGUGAGGAGAAAAUGAGUGUCAAUGCAAUUAAAGGUGCUUACAAAAAGAGAAUGAAGCUAUUACAGAAUAGCUUUACAGUUGAAGAACAGGUUAAGAAAUGCCGUGAUCCCAAUAUUGUAGGUUUUGAGUCCUCUAGUGAUUCGGAUUCAAGUGAUGGGGAAGAGGAAAAUGAUGAAGAUGAUGAGAAAGAAAGUGAAGUAAAUGUUGAAAACAGUAGUACAGACAAAAGUUCCGAUAUUCCGAAAAAUAUUCCUAAUAAUGUACUCAGAAACAAAACCUGUGAAGAAGACAAUACAGAGAAAUGCAAAGAUAGAACUGAAUCUAAACCUGGCAUCUCAGCUGGACUGAGUACCACAGCUGGACAGAGUACCACAGCUGGACAGAGUACUGCAGCUGGACUGAGUACUACAGCUGGACUGAGUACCCCAGCCGGACAGAGUACUGCAGCUGGACUGAGUACCACAGCCGGACAGAGUACCCCAGUCGGACAGAGUACUGCAGCUGGACUGAGUACCACAGCCGAUCAAGGAAAAGUACAUGAAGUGGAGAGAAUCCCUUCUGUGUUUGUCCCAGUUUAUAGAGAUAAAAAAAUUCAGGAGGCCCGACUCAAACUUCCCAUACUAGGAGAGGAACAAAGGGUGAUGGAAGCCAUAAGAGAGAAUCCUAUUGUCCUGAUAACCGGAGCAACAGGAAGUGGGAAAACAACUCAAGUCCCUCAGUUCCUGUAUGAAGCAGGCUAUGGCAGUGACGGCAAAUUGAUUGCUGUAACAGAACCGAGAAGGGUGGCAGCCAUCUCCAUGUCCAAGCGAGUGGCACAGGAGAUGAACUUACCUCAGAGCAAAGUAUCAUACGUGAUCAAGUUUGAGGGAAAUGUGACGCCUGAAACUCAGAUAAAGUUUAUGACUGAUGGUGUUCUGGUGAAGGAAAUAAAAACGGACCCACUGCUGAAGAAGUACUCUGUGAUAAUACUGGACGAGGCCCACGAGCGCAGCAUGUACACGGAUAUCAUGAUAGGAUACCUGUCUAGGAUAGUGCCUUAUCGCAACAAGAAUGGCGACCAUCCACUCAAGCUGAUCAUCAUGUCUGCCACCCUGAGGGUGGACGAGUUAAUCAAGAACUCCAACCUUUUCAAAGAACCUCCACCAGUGAUCCAGGUGGAGACUCGUCAGUUUGAGGUGGUGGCGCACUAUAACAGGCAGACUGCUGAAGACUAUGUGAGAGAAGCUUACCGCAAAGCCUGCAAGAUCCACACCCAACUGCCAGAGGGGGGCAUUCUAAUAUUCCUCACAGGAGAGAGAGAAGUGAAUUUGUUAGUAAAAAAAUUAAGAGAUGCCUUUCCCUGGCGACCAACUAAACAAAGUGAAACUGUGAAACAUGAGAGCGAAAAUGAAGAAGAAGAAUUGGAUGAUGAAUUAGCAGAUGUAAUAAAAAAAGUGAAGAAAAAUCGCAAAGCGCAAGCCUCUGCCUCCAUACCAACUAUUAAUUUGGAUGACUACCACCUGACACCGGACGAUGACACGCAAGCUGAUUUACUUGACUCUGAGUCCGAGGAGGAGUGGGUGGAGGAGGAGGAGAACGGUGCACACACAACAUCUCAGCCAAUGUGGGUACUCCCUCUCUAUUCCGUGCUGCCCAGUAGCCAACAGGCCAAGGUAUUCAAUCCUCCGCCACCAGGCUGUCGGCUGUGUGUGGUUUCGACAAAUAUUGCAGAGACAUCACUGACAAUACCCAACAUCAAGUAUGUCGUGGACAGUGGUAAGGUAAAGAUUCCACGUUACGACAAGCGUACCGGCGUGUCCACCUUCGACAUCGUCUGGAUCAGCAAAGCCUCGGCCAUCCAGAGAAUGGGCAGAGCCGGGCGCACCAGCGCUGGACACUGCUACAGACUCUACUCGUCGGCAGUAUACAAUGAUUUUGUGGAGUGGUCAGAACCUUCGAUACUGCAGCAGCCAGUGGAUGGUUUGAUAUUAUACUUGAUGUCACUGGAUCUGAAGAAAGUGACUAACUUCCCCUUCCCAACUCCUCCAGACCAGGUGCAGCUGGAGACUGCAGAGCGGAGACUCACGCUACUAGGUGCUCUCACACCCGUUAAGAAAGGAGUGAAAGGCGGUUUGGAGUUGACACCACUCGGACAGAGGAUGUCCCACUACCCGGUCGCGCCGCGGUUCGCCAAGAUGUUGUGUCUCAGCAUUAACAACAGUCUGAUCGAGUACACAAUCGCUCUUGUAGCGGCUCUCUCUAUGCAGGAGCCGCUGCUCAUAAACGACAAGAAGUUCAUCCAUAAACGUAGAACAAGCUUUGUUGAGCCGGGCAACUCCUUGUUACUGGGAGACGUUAUGGUGUUGCUGAGUGCAGUCGGAGGCUCUGAGGUUGCGAACGCCAACGGUGACCAGGAGAAGUUCUGCAGGAAUUAUGGGUUACGACUCAAGGCUGUGUUGGAAUGUCGCAAGUUGCGUCGCCAACUCACUUCCAAGCUCAAUGGAGAAGUGCCGGGGCUGGAUGUGAAACUCGACCCCAGGAUGCCUCGUCCUUCCGACCUACAGGCUAAACAGUUAAGGCAGAUUCUGUUGGCCGGAAUGGUGGACAAGGUGGCAAGGAAGCAGGAAAACAAAGAAUCGCGGGCCCAAGGACACAACAGACCUAUCUACCGCACUCCUGAAAUGGAGGAGGGGGUCUAUCUGUCCAACAACUCAGUACUGUACCAGUCGGCCCCAGACUGGAUCGUGUAUCAGGAGAUCUACCAGGCUGGCAAGACGAUGUACUUCAGAGAUGUGACAGCGAUAGAGCCAGAGUGGUUACCCAAAUAUGCACCGGCUCUUUGUAAUCUAUCCAACCCUCUGACGGAGCCACCGCCCCGGUACGACUCUGAAGUGGGUGCUCCUUUCUGUCACUUCUCUGGGACAUUUGGUCGCAGUGGGUGGCCUCUGCCCGUGACCGAGAUGGAGUUCCCAAGAGGUCUGGAACGCUACAAGUGGUUCGCUGUAUUCUUCCUGGAUGGUUCUGUAUGUCCUAAGCUCAAGAAGUAUGUCAAGGUGUUGAUGUCCACACCUCAAACAAUGGUGAAGUCCUGGGCAGGGUUGCAACCAAGGACAGAAAUCUUUCUUAAAACACUAGUCAUGAGAGAGGUGGACUCCAAAGAGUCUUUGAUGAAGCAGUGGAAGGAAAAUUCCAAGUACCUGUUAGAUGCCUACCAGAACUGGCUGCCUGUUUCGGCUCACAACGAAGUGGCAAUAUUGUGGCCUCCUCUGUGAUACACAAAGUUGUAAAAUUGUAUAUUUAUAUCUUGUACAGUGUAAAUAGUAAAUAAAAUUAUUUAAACUCA